AUGUAUCACCUUUUCAAGUCCAUAUAUCUCCAUGCCACGAGUAAGGAAGAGUACUCGGUUCUUCUCCUCGGUCUCGACAAUGCCGGCAAGACAACGCUGCUUGAGCAGAUAAAAGGCACCUACACGCCUUCCCACCCCAACCUCAAAACUGUCCCGACGGUCGGACAGAAUGUUGCUACCAUCGCGCUUCCUCCUCCAAAUCCACCAAUAUACCUCAAGAUAUGGGAUGUUGGUGGCCAACACAGCCUUCGUGGGCUGUGGCAAUCUUACUACAGUAGCUGCCAUGCUAUCGUCUUCGUCAUAGACAGCAGCGAUGUCGGAAACGCUACUCUUGCUGAUAUGAGCGCGAAGAACGCAGCAAGCAUAGAGGACAUUGGGCGCCUGGACGAGUGCAAGCUGGUUCUAGAGAGCGUUUUGGCCAACGAAGAUGCUAGCGGCGUUCCCAUUUUAAUACUCGCCAAUAAACAAGAUCGUGAAGAUUGUGUCGAAGUAGUACGGAUCAAAGAAGGCUUUGUGAGGAGAGUGUUCGAGGGAGAAAAGGGUGGCAAUGUGAGGGACAGCAGAGUACUCCCGUGCAGUGCUCUCACAGGAACUGGCGUGCAGGAGGCGGUCGAAUGGUUAUGCAGCAGGAUGGCUUUCAACAAGGAGGCAAGACCACCGGUUAUGAGGUAUCAUUUUUACUCGAAUCCAACUAAUUGGAUCCGGUCUGCACCCAAUGAGAAGCAUGUUAGCACGAACAGCUGGAAUAACAUAGCAUGGUCUGAUCAUACCUCUCCACAGCUCAUGGGCUCAUACUUUGCUACCUCACGCUCCGCGAUGCAACCGUCUAAUACACCAACCUUUUCGUUGACAUCGAGGCCAAAGAUGAAAGGCAUACUGAUGCGAUCUUCUUGA